AUGGCUAACGUUGCACACUUGGUUAGAAGACAAAGUUCUAGAGAUUUACACCAUCAAAGAUCGAUUGAUCGUUACGAAUUGAAAGAAAUGAAAGGAAGAUUAGUAGAGUCUUUAAAAACCACCCUAACAGGAAGUUACGGAGCCACAAAUCCUGCUUUCGAGGAUACCAGUCCGAGUGAAAAACAAGUAUUAAAAGGUAGCAUAAUUGAAGAAGAAGAAGAAGAAGAAGGUGAGAAAAUAUUUAAGCCAGAUUGCGACGACGAGAGAGAAUCUUGGGAUAGUAAAUUAACUUUUUUAUUGGCCACUGUCGGCUACGCUGUCGGUUUGGGAAAUGUUUGGCGUUUUCCGUACCUGGCUCAAAAAAAUGGUGGUGGAGCUUUUCUCAUUCCUUAUUUUGUUAUGCUAGCAGUAGAAGGAAUUCCCAUCUUCUACCUAGAAUUAGCAAUAGGACAAAGAUUAAGAAAGGGUGCCAUAGGAGUCUGGCACCAGGUAUCGCCAUACCUUGGAGGAAUCGGUAUUAGUAGCGCCGUCGUAUCAUUUAAUGUAGCUUUAUAUUACAACACAAUCAUCGCUUGGUGUUUAUUUUAUUUCGUUCAAAGCUUUCAAUCGGAACUGCCCUGGUCUGAAUGUCCCAAGGUUUAUGGCGAUAAUGGAACCUACCAUUUGGAACCGGAUUGCGUGGUGAGUGGGCCGACGCAAUAUUUUUGGUAUCGAACAACUCUUGGAGCAUCUGAAAAUAUAAAUUCACCGGAAACGUUUAAUUGGAAAAUUGGAAUGUCACUUGCUAUAGCAUGGUGUCUCGUAUACUUUUGCAUGAUCAAAGGAAUCGUUUCUUCCGGAAAAGUUGUUUACGUCACGGCUACGUUUCCUUAUCUUGUACUUAUUAUUUUUUUCUUCAGAGGAGUUACGCUAAAAGGAAUGUCCGAUGGACUGAGACAUUUAUUUACACCAAAGUGGUAUAGAAUAGCGGAUCCGGUUGUUUGGCUAGAAGCAGGAACUCAAAUAUUUUUUUCUUUAGGUUUGGCUUUCGGUGGAUUGAUAGCUUUUUCAUCUUACAAUCCGGUUAAUAAUAAUUGUUACAAAGACGCCGUCAUGGUAUCUCUCACUAACUGUUUUACAUCCAUGUUUGCCGGAAUUGUCGUCUUUUCCAUUCUCGGAUUUAAAGCGACGAUGACUUAUGAAAAGUGUUUGGCAGAUAGAAAUCAAACCGUGCAGAAAAUGUUAAAAAGCGCCAAGAUCAUAACGAAUUCAACCGUAAAUUCAAAAAAUUUGACAGAAAGUUUUAAUUUGAUUGGACUUCCAGUGUGUGACCUUGAAAAAGAACUGGAAAAUUCGGCUUCAGGCACGGGUUUGGCUUUUAUAAUUUUUACCGAAGCCAUAAAUCAAUUUCCCGGAGCUCAAUUUUGGUCAAUUUUGUUUUUCCUAAUGCUUUUCACGUUGGGUAUCGAUUCUCAAUUUGGUACCCUGGAAGGAGUUGUCACUUCGGUUGUGGACAUGAAAUUGUUUCCAAAUUUGAGAAAAGAGAUCCUCACGGGAGGAAUAUGUUUCCUAUGUUGUUUGCUGUCCAUGAUGUUUGCACACGGAGCCGGCAGUUAUGUUUUUGUUCUUUUCGACAUGUUCAGUGGGAAUUUUCCACUUUUGAUAAUAGCUUUUUGUGAAUGUAUAAGUGUUUCUUACAUUUACGGCUUGAAAAGAUUUGCCGACGAUAUAGAAUUAAUGACAGGAACGCGUCCCGGUUUAUAUUGGUUGAUGUGCUGGAAAUAUUUAAGUCCUUUUGCCAUGUUAGCCAUUUUAAUGGCGAGCAUAAUAGAAAUUAUAACCGAUGGUAGCGGAUACCCGGCAUGGGUAUCUUCGAAAGGUGUUACGGAACGUCAAUCGUGGCCUACUUGGUGUAUUUUUUUAAUCGCGUUUCUCAUAUUAAUUUCUGUCAUAUGGAUACCAUUAGUUGCUAUUUGCAGAUCCAUCGGAUAUUUUAUAAUAGACGACAAUGAAAAAGCUAAAUUUCCAGCGAACGAAUUGAAAGAAUUUCACGGCGUCGUAUCACGCGAUGUGACAAUGGCGGAAAAAAUUCUUUUUUGCAUACGUGAUGAUGGUACGGAAGGAUUAUGUUGUCCUACGGGAGGAAAUAAAGAUGAUAAUGAUGAUGAUGAUGGUAGCCUCACAGUUUUUUAA